UGUCGACAAUAUUUUUGCCUUGAACUGCAUCCAUCGAGGCUGAACUUGUUCUGCUGAUUUUUAAGAAUGUUCUAGCCUUGAAAGGCUAGCCCAUAUGACAUAGUGGUCGCUAAAAUGGUGAAAAUCACGGGAAACAAAGCUUCACAUCUUGACAGAGAUAAAAAAUACUAGAUAAUUUCUUUACAUUUUGUCUAAGCUUUAGAGGAUAGAGUCGUUUUGAUACGUAUACUGAUUGAAAGUACCCGUGUUGAUUGAAAGCAAGAGCAUAUACUUGGUGAAAUGGUUUUGAUUGAAAGUAAGAGCAGGUAUUCAAUGAAAUAGUUGAGAGGCACACAAGUUGGCAUGACAUAAAUACCAUUGCUAUAUUUUAAAAAAAGGUUAAUACAGAAACUUCUCCCUAAACUAAUAACGUUUUGCGACCUCAUUACCCUUAAAUACAUCCAAUGAUUAGUUUAGCACUUCCCUUGUGAUUUCAAACCGAUCGACUGUUCGUCUGCUAUUUUCUUCAGCAUUUGGUUCUUUUAGGCAUUUCGGACAACAGGUUUUAUGCACAGAGAGGGAUCGAGAAUGAAGGAGGCUUGCUCUUGUUUGCGAGCUCGAAUUGUAGAAUUCCUCAUUCAAUCAGCUCAGGACCUUCAAGUUUCUCCGAUCGUCAAAUACUCAGCGCUAUCACUUUUCGCAGAUCGAUUCUACCCAUCUCUUACCGGAGAAGAAAUUAAGGAUGCUAAGAGCUGGCUCUUACAGCCUCUAAGAGAAAGCAAUUUGCAGCUAUUUGCGCUUGUUGCAAUAUGGAUCUCAAGCAAAAUACAUGAUUCUCCUUCUUUUAGUGUCAAAUCCUUCAAGUCUCUGGCUGACAACACCAUUAAAGAGCAGCAUUUUACAACAAAGGAUUUUCUGGAAGCUGAGCUAGUGUUAAUGCAGGUACUGAAAUUUGAGAUCGGCACGUUAAGCAUUGCCUUCAGAUUCUUUGAAGAUCUGCUUACGAAGUUCAGUGAAGUUGCCAGAGUUGGAAAGCAAUUAAGCUUUGAAGCUUGCAUGGAUAUUAUGGACCUGAUAUAUGAAAAGGGAGAGAUUUCAUCUUUUAAUUGUUCUUCCCAUCAUCUAGCCGCUUCGAUAGUUGUUGCUGCAUAUACAAUCACAGUUCCAUUGCAAAAGAGUGAAUUCCCCUUUCUUCUAUGGGUUAAGUUUGUCACUUCGUGCAAAGAGGAGGAUAUUGUAGACACUGUCAAAAAUAUUCUAAUACAUGUGUUUGAAGCUUGAA